CCUAUGGCCCGUAGUCAAUAAAUCAGUUGUUGGGCGGUACCUGCAUGACUCCGAAGGCGGCGAAAAGUCUGCUAAUCUGCUCAGAGCCAAGAAGACGCGACAAGGCUGAACACGUGCAUCAUCACCAGCUGGUGUUAUAGGCAACACGGUUCCCUUACGGGCCGACAUCCGAUCGCUCUCUCCACCAUCAGCCUCAGCCACCUUCCCAACAUCACCCACAUAUGGCGCGAAAAUGAGGAUUGCGAGACAUGCCAGAACAAGGACAGGUCUUGCAGUCUCGAGUGGUCCGCCGGAGAAAUCCACGCCCCAUCAACAGCUGCGUUGAAUGUCGAACCCGGAAGUCGCGAUGUUCCAAAACCCAUCCUUGCCAGAACUGCACAGCCUUCGGACGCGAGUGCGUCUUUAUUACCGUUCCUGAGAGCGCUGCACGCAAGAAAGAAAGGGAGCAGCGAGAGCGCGCGCAGAGCAAGAGCGGCACUGGUGUUACCAUCCCGGACUGGACCAAGAAUCUCCCCGUGCGCACACAGAGUAGUGCGAGUGUACAUGAUGGAUACGACAAUGCGGGAUCCGUUGACACCACGACGCCUGGCACGCCGCCACGAGAUUACGAGUGGGAAGCCUAUCAGCAAGAUGUCGAGCCCGAAACGGAUGCUUGGGAGAGACUGCCCGCAGAGCCUGAAGAGACGCAGGACGACGUGUAUGAAGACGAGAACGACGACGAAGAUCAGAUCGCAACUGAUCUCACGAUUCGAAUCGGAAGGAUGAUCAUUUGUGAAAACGUCACUGGAUUUUUCCGUCCCCAAUAUGCCGAAGAGCUCGGCAAGCUUCUGUCUGAGAGCUUCACGCCUUCUUCAUCAGUCACAGGCCAAAGAGCGACACAGUCAUCUGCUCUUCUAUCAGCAGAGCAGAUGCCGUCGCUUGCGCCGUCGCUGAAUCUGUUGCUAGGCGGUUCGCUGCCUAUACAUCAGAAUAACGAAGUUGAGGCGCCACAACUGCCCACCAAGAUGGAGGCCGAGGGGCUACUACAGCGGUACACGGAAGCCGUUAGCCCGCUUGCGCACGUGUUGCAUCUUCCAUCGUUCAAGCGCAUGUUUGAUCGCUUUUGGAUGAACCUUGAAAUUGGGAGCCCCAACCAGAAUUCCUGUACUGCCUUGAUACUGGCAGUAUGUAUGGCUGCCGCUGCUUCUGUUUCACCGUUACAAGCCAAGUCGCAGUUUGGGAUUACGAAAGAGGAUCUUUUCCUGCGCCUACAAAAAGCUACGGAGCGGGCAUUGCUUCGCGCUAAUUGGGCGAAGACAUCUAACAUACGGACUUUACAAGCUUUGACAAUCUACCUGAUACCACUCUGCCGGGCGCAAAUAUCGCGGGCUACUUCUGUUGUAGUUGGCGCAUUGGUCCGCCUGGCACAAUGCAUAGGCAUACACCGUAUGAGCCACAGCUCGGCCAAUAGUCUAACACCACUGCAACGACAUGUUCGGUCGCUCUUGUGGUAUCAGAUCUGUUUCUUGGACUUCAAGACAGCAGAAGCGCAAGGACCCCAUCCUUCGAUCCGGUCGGAUGACUUUGACAUUGCUCUUCCGUUGAACGUAGAUGACGAUGUCUUUGAGUUUGGCAGCCCGAAGUGGCAGCAAAAUCCAACCUCCAAUACCGGCUGGUCAGACGUCACAUUGUCGUUGAUACGCUACGAGUGCAAUGAGAUACACCGACUCAUAUUCCGCGGCAGGAUUGAGAUGGAUCGCAAACACAUUACCCUCCAUGAUCUCCGCGCCCGCGUAGAAGCCAAGAAACGCCAGAUCCAGAGCAAAUACCUCCAAUAUCUGGAUGCCAACGUGCCUAUUCAACGAUACGCAGGCCUAGUUGCGACACUCCUAAUGUCCCGUUGUGACUCUAUGCUCCUAUACCGCCACCUUCCACAAACCUCCUUGCAACCCCGUUCGGAAUCCGAGAACCGCCUUCGCGACGUCCUCCUUACCGCAGCGCUCACCACACUUGAAAUCGGUGCAACACUAGACACACUGCCCUCUCUCUCCUCCUGGGCUUGGUACUCGACCACCUACCAACAAUAUCACGCGGUCCUGCUUCUCCUCACCGAACUCUACCGUACACCCGAUCUGCCCCGGAAAGAGCGCAUGGCGACCAUCAUCGACCACAUCUUUGGCCACUGCUAUGGCGUCGGUGUAAGAGAACGUUGCUCAGAUCUCCUCUUCACUGUAAAAGAGAACCUAGAAGCCUUUUAUGUAAUGAAGGGUUUCAACAAGAAAAGGCAGCAGGUUGCUCCCCAACAGCAUCCCACACUUCAACCGUUACCCUCCUUUGGUGGCUCGGUGACUAGUCCUGGAUUCGGUGCGCAGCAGACGCCGAAUAAUAACAUUCACAGUCAAUUGCAGAGGACGCCCACAACGGGCACACUAGAUGGGUUGAAUGUGGAUUUCGAUAGUAUACUUGGUAGCCUGAAUGGUGGUGGUAGUGGUGGCGGUGGCUCGGACCAGGACUUUGAUGUUUGGGGCGGAAUGAACGGUGGUGCUGGUCAAGAUACGGGUGCUAUUUUUGUGCCGGUGGAUACUGGGCAUCAUGGCGAAUUUGGAACUACGAGUCCGAAUGGGGGGCUACAGCAAUGGGAAAAUUGGAAUUUCCCACCUCAACAGGCGAAAUACGAACAAUGAUGGAGCGUGUACGAGACACGGAGUACGAUAGUGUUUACGAAAGGCCCACAAUUCUUGAGCGGCCGAGGUAUGGAUAACCGGCCUUGACUUGUUGAGUAAUAGACACGAAUUGCUUUACUUUUUUGGAAAAUCGCUUUCGUAUCGAUGUUUCGCCUACAGCUGACAUCCAUCGAAUGCAUACAUUGGAAUUCACUCAAUCGCUACAGUUGUGUAAAAGAGGUAGAUUUAGAGGUAGAGGCCUAGCAUGAAUGCUACAGUUGAACUUGUUUCG